CUUGAAGGAACUGUUUUGUUGAUAGCAUGGUUGUUUUGUCAUCGGCAAAUUACUAUUAUGUUUAAGAUGAGAGCAAUUGGACUAAUAUCCUUUUAUUAUUAUUACUCUUUAGAUUACUUUGCUAUUGCUAGCUAAUGACUUAAGAAUUAUGAGUGCAGUUGAUGAAGUAUCUCGUCAUCUGCGGAUGAAAUCUGUAGUAAUUCCUCCUAAUAAUGAUUGGCUGGCCUCGUGUGUUGAAUGUUUUAAGGAACAAGGAAAUCACACAUUAAAACAGCUUAGUGAACUUGUUUAUCAACAGUGGUUACUUGCUGAUUUGUCUGACAUUGGUGUCCAAGUGCUUCCUGAUAGUUGUUUAAGUGCUGAAAAAGUAGUCUUAGAGGGACGAUAUGCUGUACAGUUUAACUUUUUCGUAAACAUAGCCGUUUCGUUUCAUAAACAACUUCAAAAAAUUCGAAAACCAGAUUCUGUAAAGAAUUUGGAAGUUGAUUGUGAAAAUACUUCUACUAGCAAAGAAACUGUUUCUAACCACAGGACAUUGAAGAUUGAAAUCACUGAUGGAGUUUUAACUAUUGUUGGAUUUGAGGAUCAUUUCAUUCCUCAACUACAUGAACCAUUAGUCCCUGGUAAAAAAGCAAUCUUAGUUGGCCCUCUAGAGUGUCGAAAAGGAAUUCUUUUUUUAAGACCUGCUAAUGUUCAGGUAUUAGGUGGUGAAGUAGAUGCUCUCCAUAUCUCUAAUGCAAAUGAAAAUAUACUAGCCAGGGCUCUGAAGUUGCCGGAAAAUCCUGAUCCGUAUAAUCUUGGUACUGUCGAAAUACAAUGUGUUGAUUCAAAGGUCAAAAGUAACGAUGGAUUUGAUGAUGAUGUAGAUGCUCUGAUGAUGUUAGCUGAAGUAAUUGAAAAUGAAGUUUCUACUCGUGCUAAUAGUGAAGUGAAGUACUCAGAAAGGCCGGAUUUCUCAGUUGAAAAUGUAUCUUCUAAUGUCAAUUUAAGGCAGAAUUUCCCUAGUUCAGUUGAAGAUUCACUGAUCGCUGAUGAUUUUGAUGAUGAUAUGGCUGAAUUAGAACAGAAAAUAAAUUUCAAGAAAAAUAUUGAAUCAAUAGAAUUUGAUGAUGACUUUGAACUGAUUGAAGAAAAACCAGCAGAAGCUGAAAAUACAGUUGCUAAUUCUAAAUCUAAUUUUACUGACAAUACCUCAAAAAGUUUACCUGAUUGUCAAAUCUUUAAUGUUGAAGCUAGCAAAAAGCAGUAUGAAGAGAUUACAGAUCUUAAGAAUAAAUUGAAAGAAUCCUAUGGUUCAAAUGAAUUAUGUCCUUCAACUUCAUUUAAUUCUCCAGUUAGUGGGCGUUCAUGCUCAGAUUCUCUUAGAAAAGAUAAGAUAAUUUUUGAUUACCUAAGUGAAGCUGAAUCACCUCUUACUAAAUUAACUGAUGAACCUGAAUGUCUUGAUAUCAACAGUUCUAAAUCAUCUGAUAUAGAUUUUUCUGAUAAAAACUUAUUAAGCUCCGAUGCUUUUCCACCCAAAAAAAGGCCUGCAUUAGUGAAAACACCUGCCCGAGUUGUUAAAGUUUUGAAAAAACCUAAAUUGAAAGGGGACAAAUGGGCUGUUAGUGCUGUUGUUAUGGCAAAAGGCAUAGAAUUAGAAGUAACAUUUUUAUCUGAAGUUAUUGAUAAAAUUUUUACAAUAUCGGCAGCUGAAAUAGUUGCUCGAAGGACUGAGUUGAUUUCAGAUUCUUCGUUAAAGCAAAAAAUUAAUGAAACCUUGAAAAACUCCCAGAUGCGAUUUAGUACUUUAUCAUGUGUAAUGGUGUUUAGUUUUCAUGAUUUCAUUUCUAAACCAGUUAUUGUUGAUGUUGAAUCUCAUUAAUCUCAUGCAGGUGUUUACCAGUUAUUGUUGAUGUUGAAUGAUAUAUAGUUAUUUGUUUUAGCUUGUAUAUAAUUUUUUUGUUAAUGGCAACAAAAAAAUGUUUCCUCAAUCAUUUGUAAAAAGUUGUGAAAUUUUAUUUAAUUUUUUACAUUUUACAAUAAAUAUGUGUUUAUAUGAUAGUCCUUUGUCUAU